AUGGCUCAACUUGAAAGGACAAGAAGAUCCACCAACACCCAAAAAAUGCCUACAACUCAAACUUCACCAGCUUUUGAGCAGAUGCUAAGAGUUGACGAGGCAUGCUGGUCACCAACCACAUCCCCUACAUCGGAAAUGAAUCAUGCUCAUCAAGAAGAAAGUUUGAGUCCCUCACAAAACAGGAAAUCGGUUCUUGCAAAAGUAAAAGAGAGAGCUAAGAAGCUGAAGCACUCUCUCAGUGGCCGAAAGAACAUCAACGAAAACGAUCUCAAUGACGAAAAUACGACCCCACAUUCAGGCCUCGUCUUAGACGACCACAAUGAUGACGACCCGACUGAUGAUCCUGAAUAUCUCGGAGCUCCAAUGUACGAGUCGGAAGCCGCACCCGAAGGCUUAAAAGAGAACGCGAGACAACACCCACGGGCCGUGCCCGUGGUUUCCGAGAGCCAUCGAACCCCAAUAAGGACCAAACUAUCCGACACAUCACUUCAAGAAAACGAAAACGAGACGAACGUUACUAAAGCCGUUCCCCAAAUAUCCGCACAACCUCACAAUAUCAUCACUUCCAAGAUUUCGGGACUUACCGUCUCACCAAAGACUCCGAAUCGUGAGACGGUAAGGAUAGGUAACCAGGAAAAGUCGGGAAAGCUCAGCCCAGUGAAAGAGCACUCGAUGAACAAGGUGGAGCCCGUUGAGGACGAGCGGGCCCUUUCGCGGGCUUUAACUGAGGCCAUUAGCCCAAAUAAAAUAAACAAUAACACAAGCGUGGUGGGAAAAGUGAAAGAGGCCGUUAAUUCGUUUUUCUGGAAUGAGGAGACAUCUAACUCAGCGGCAAGGCCCGUGGGCCCGAGACUUUACAACUCUGAUGCCAGCUCAGCUCCUCGUUACCCGCUUUCCUCUAAUGCUCGUGCAGUUGCUGAAGAAGAAAACCAUGGAAAGAUACUCCAAACGAACUGAAGACUUGCCGAAUGCAUGAUAACACAAUCCGUUUUUUGUCGGUUUAUAGACCACGAGAUGGUUUUUAAGCUGCUUUACUUUUAACACAAUCAGACUGAGAGGUUUAGCUAUUCAUGUCUUGCCAAUUGGUAGUUUUUUGUGUUGUUUAUUACUUUUUUUGUUAGUUGUCUUCGUUUUUCAUGAACCCGUCUGCAUUCAGAUAGGGGUUUGUUUAGUCAUGUUCUUACCAAUUUGUUGUUUUUUUAGUUUAUUUAUUUGUCAUGCUGUAUUGCAAAAAUUUAUGAAAGAAAGAGCUUCGAGUUAGUU